AAUGCUUCAAAUUAAUUUAAUUUUAUUUCUAAAUAUUUUAAUAUCAACAACUUUGGGAUAUGAUUUAUCCUCAGUUUUGGAUAAUUAUAUUAUAGGAACGCCUAAGGUUGUGUGUGAAGAGACUGAGGUGGCUAUGGAUAUUGUUACUGCUAAACCUUUUAUUGGUAAUAUUUUUGUCAAAGGCCGUGCCAAAGACACCUCCUGUCGCCAAUCUUUUGGAGAUUCCCCAAAUUUAAAAAACGGUACUAGCGCGUAUACCCUAAGUCUUGGAAAGUGCGGAAUGCAAAGAUUAAGAUCGGCAAGUCCAAGAGGAAUAAAUUUUGCAGUUACUUUAGUUGUUUCUUUUCACCCGGCUGGAUUUAUCACAAAAAAUGAUAAAGCAUUUCAUUUAAGUUGUUUUUAUACAGAACCCGAAGAGAUUGUUACUAGCAGUUUUGAAGUCAGGUAA